AUGGCCAUCGAGGGCGUAUCACAAGUGGAAGUACUGCAGUCGCUGUGCUUGCUAGCCCUACGGCACAUCAAAGAAGGCAAUCAAGCCCAAGCCUGCAUGACAAUUGGAAUGGCAUCCCGACUCCAAGCAUUCCGAACCCUACAACACAACAACACCAACCAAACAGAAACCAGAGACCUCACAAUCUCCCGCUGCCACUGGAGCAUACGCAUCCUAGAAAGCAUUUUCACCCCACAACUCUCCAUCCCAUCUCCACCACAAAUCCCAACAUGCCCCGAAUACCCCUACCCGCCCAGCGUACCCGUCCCACCCCCGCUCCCUUCCGCAUCCCCUACCCAAACCGACCCCUUCGACACCACCGACCCAACCAACGACCUUGGAAUCGUCGCCUACGGCAUCCAACUAAUAGUCAUCUGGGGAGAAACAGCCUCCUACCUCCACAGCAUCCGCACGAAUCCUAACCUCAACGAAGAAACCCCCUGGUCCCUAUCCUCCACCUACUCAAAGCUCAACCACAGACGCAACGAACACGAAACCCAACUCCCAGAAUCCCAUCUCCUCCGCAACGUAGCCUUCACCAAACGCACCCGCGCCGAAAUCUCUACUCACCGGGAAUACUGGACUUCCUGGAUAUCGAUGCAAAUCUUCUGCCAUGCUCUCGUCGCAAUCCAGAACCACCCCUUCAUCCACCUCGUCAUUCUACGCGGGAACCGCGGCGUCUCCCAGUCCCGGCUCUUCCUCCAACAAACAGUCGACCACGCCUUAUUUCACUCUGAAUGGGUAUUUCGACUCGUCCAAGCUUGGGAGAACUUCGACCUACCGUUUCACGACCCAUUAAUAGCCCAUUUAGUAGCAGCUACUGCGUCCAUAUCAUGGAUAUUCCAGUUCGCGCGGGACAGAGGAAUCGGAGAAAAAGCACGAGGACAUCUCGUCAUCGCAGAGAGAUCAUUAACUCGAAUGUCAACGAUCUGGCCGCACGUUUCGCAUAGGCUCAAGACCCUCCAUGCACUUCAGGCGUCGGCAUCUGUGGCGACUACGAACCCGUCUAUAUCUUCGGAGCAUCAAGGUGCAACGAUAACGAAAGGAACUACGAUCACUAUCCAGCCAUCGCUGUUCUGGGAUCUACUCGAUCCGAAAAUCUGUCCUACGGAAACGCCGGGAUCGUCCGGGCUGGCAGCUCCCGGUGCUAGGAUGCGCGUUACAACGCAGUUCAUGCAUCCGCUUAGUGAGGAUGAGCCGUCGGUAGGGCAGGCAGAGAGGGGUGUGGGUGGGGUUGGUGGUGGCGGCGAGGGUUUAUUACCAGAUGUUCAUGCGCAUGAGUUGGAGCAAUUGUCGUUGGAUGAGUUAUUUGGGCAGUUGGGAGAUGAUGAGUUUACUUGGACGCUUUGA